AUGGGACUGUGGGCCAACGACCGACUCUACAGCUUCGCUGACUUGACCGAAAACUUGUCAACAUCAUGGGCUGGUCAAGCUGCGAGCUUUUUCCCGGAAGACGAAGAGUUGGGAACCUUGGUGGAUUCCACGUUCGAUGGAGGAUACAGCUUAGCAGACACCGGAAAGACAAACAUAACUCGUCCUGGAGUAAGUGAUACGCCACCGUCUUGCACGACGAAUGCACCUGUCAGAGAUGUGCAACAAGCCGGUCAGUCCAACGUUGCCUAUCAAACGUGCGACUCGCAUGACCUCGAGGCGUCAUCACCGUCAUGGGAUAGUAUACUCGAGCAAGCGGGACCCAACGCAUUUCUACUUGACCAGUUUCGCAGAAUCGCGCAGCCGCCAGCUGCCAUCCUCAUUGGAGGCUCCAAGAAGUGGCGCAGGCUACAGCAGUACCUGUGCAGGUGCAGCGGGGAAAGUCGUGCAGUAGAGAACGCUCUGCUCUGCGUUGCAGAAUUACUGUCUACGGACGCUACGAGUAACCAAGAAGGCCAUCACCGCACAGACAGUCUGCGUCGCGUUGAGGAUCGUCAUCGUGCAGCAUGUCACGAGAUCAGAACAAAGCUUGCAAAAUCGAUGGAAUUCAAGGCGAAGUCGCUCGAGCAUCUACUGGUAGCUAUAUUCCUUUUAGCCUGGCUAGAAGUGAUAAGGGACCAGGACGCUGGCGUGAGUCGCUUUCCACGUGACUUAGCCGACUCGAUCAUAACGGGUCACGUCAACUGGAGCAGAAGUUCUCAGGAGCUGCUAUCCUGGCUGAACACUCUCGACAGCAAAGCAACACAUCUUGGUGGUCACCAUUUGCUCUCCUCGGAAGCACUCGAGAUAGUGAGCCAUUAUCCCACCCAGAUUACCUCAUCCGGAUCUUGUGGCGAUGAAGUGGCCAUCGACUCCCAAGACAGAGCCGCAAAGGAGUUUGGUAGAUCACCUGCAUACUCCAGCUCGGCAAGUGGUGCAUCUCCUGAAGAGCGUCGGCGGCCACUGCUGAACACUAGCACCCCUUUCAAAUCUAUUGGUCAUGUCAAACAAGCCUUGCUGCACACGAUACUCCAGCCUGCCUUGCAGUGGCAUCUGACCUCACAAUCGUACUGCCGUCGAAUCAGCACACACGACAAGCAUCAUCGAAAUAGAUUUACCAGUGACGAUGAAUAUGAAGUCAUUAAUGCAUGCAAGCAGCUGGAGCUCGAACUCCACGACCUCUGGAGUUUCAGGCCGGCAGUGGUUUCACUUCCUGCUGCACAGUUGAAGCAAGUCGUAAGCGAGGAUCUUGCUAUCAGGCUAGAAGAGAUUUUCAGCGUCUACAAGGCAAGCUUCUGGAUUCUUUUCGUGUACUUGCAUCGCGUAAGCUGGUGGAACUUGCCACACUCCGAUUUGACGCGGCAGGCAUUGUCGGAGGUCUGGAAGAAUAUGCGUGGUGCCUAUGGAGAGAAAGUCCCAGGCGCGAUGCACAAAAUCGUACAUCCAUCUCUGCUCUGGCCGCUUUUCAUGUUUGGUUGUGAAUGCGCGGACAUAACGCAGCGAAGCUGGGCGAUUGCUCAAAUCGAGGCGUUAGGUGAGGCCAAACCAAUCGUCAACGAUGACGAAAGCGACACCGAUACACUGCCUCCGUUCCGGCUGAGCCUAGGCGCGACACGGAACGCGAAGCGGGCCGCUGUGCUCCUCACUCAUUUAACUCAGGAGCAGGACAAGCAACGGACUCGGAUAGAUGAUAGGGACCUGUCCAUUACGCUGUUCGGUUGCUACUUCUCGAUCAUUUGA